CUUUACUGCAUGUGUAAUAGUAAACUGUAAAAUUAAACGGAGUGAAUUGAUACGCAAUCUAUUCUAGGUAUUUUCUAUGUUUCUUUGUGGAUUUAACUGCCUUUUAAAGUUAUCAAAGAAAAAAUUGCAUCAGAUUUUCUGACAGAAGUUGGCUGAAGCUAUGGGCACUACACAAAUUAUUCUCUGGUUUGAAAUCUUCAUUAGCUAUUCAGUACAAACUCAGCACAAUUAUAUUAGAUUAAAAUGAUAAACCAAUACUCAUUCCAGAGCACUUGUGGUUGGCUCACCUAAAUGUACAUUUGUAAUUUUAUAUGUUUCAAGUAAAAUUCUUUCAUUUUAUUGUAAGACUACUUAAUGUGUUUUAUUGUAAUUUUAAGUAUUCACAAUGGCACGAUUCCGUUUGUAUACUUGCAAAAUUAUAAUACUUACUUCUGUGGUUUGGUUUAUGAUUGGAGCGGUAGUGCUCAUGUAUUAUACUGACUGUGCUGGUAACAGUAGUUUAUGUGUUAAAAGAACUUUAGUUGUGAAAGAAUCUCAACUGGAGAGAGAGAAUUUUUCUAAGUCACCUAAAGCACCAAAGGGAAGAUUUGCACAUUGGGAAGCUUUAGAAUAUAAAACAAAUCCCUCCCAUUGGCCGGGUGAAAUGGGUAAAGCUGUAGUUAUAUCAAAGAAUGAAGAAGUUUUAAAAAAUGAGAAAUUUAAAUUAAAUCAAUUUAACUUGUUAGCUAGUGAUCGUAUUGCCUUGAAUAGAAGCCUUCUAGACGUUCGCAUGGAAGGCUGUAAGAAAAAAGAAUAUCCAAAGUUCUUACCAACCACAAGUAUUGUAAUUGUAUUUCAUAAUGAAGCAUGGUCAACAUUAUUGCGUACUGUCUUCAGUGUAAUACGAACUUCACCACCAACGUUACUGGCUGAAAUAAUACUUGUUGAUGAUGCUAGUGAAAGAGAUUAUUUGGGCAAAAAGCUUGAAAAUUAUGUCUCUAAACUUAGCAUUCCAACCAAAGUUAUGAGAACUGGGAAAAGAUCAGGUCUCAUAAGAGCACGGCUUCUGGGUGCUGCUGCUACAACUGGGCAGGUAAUAACAUUUCUUGACGCACAUUGUGAGUGUACAAAAGGUUGGUUGGAACCUCUGCUGGCACGGAUUGCUGAAGACAGAACUCGAGUUGUAUGCCCAAUAAUUGAUGUAAUAAGUGAUGAAACUUUUGAGUAUGUUCCUGCCUCUGAUAUGACAUGGGGUGGUUUUAAUUGGAAGCUUAAUUUUCGAUGGUAUAGAGUUCCUCAACGAGACGUUGAUCGUAGAGGUGGAGAUAGAACUUUACCACUGAGAACUCCAACAAUGGCUGGUGGCCUGUUCUCUAUUGAUCGAGACUUUUUUGAAGAACUUGGUAAAUAUGAUCAAGGAAUGGACAUUUGGGGAGGUGAAAAUUUGGAACUUUCAUUCAGAAUAUGGAUGUGUGGGGGAACUUUAGAAAUAGUAACUUGCUCCCAUGUUGGGCAUGUGUUUCGUAAAUCUACUCCGUAUACAUUUCCCGGUGGAACAAGCAAAAUUGUUAACCAUAACAAUGCAAGACUUGCAGAAGUUUGGUUAGAUGAAUGGAAAGACUUCUAUUAUGCUAUAAAUCCUGGUGCUAGACAAGCUGAUAUUGGGGAUUUGUCUGAGAGAAAACAACUUCGGAAAAAUUUAAAGUGCAAAAGUUUUCGUUGGUAUUUGGAAAAUAUCUACCCAGAAUCACAGAUGCCACUUGAUUAUUAUUAUCUUGGUGAAAUUAAGAAUGCUGAAACUGCAAAUUGUCUUGAUACCUUUGGGCGGAAAAGUGGUGAAAAUGUAGCUAUGGGUUCUUGUCAUGGAUUAGGUGGAAACCAGGUAUUUGCGUACACGAAACGCCAGCAAAUCAUGUCAGAUGACAAUUGUUUAGAUGCUGCAUCAAGUGAUGGACCUGUAAAGCUUUUACGAUGUCAUGGUAUGGGUGGUAACCAGAUGUGGUCUUAUGAUAAACAGGAUGAAACCAUCAUACAUUCUCAGACUGGUCGUUGCCUGGACAAACCAGAUGAUUCUGAUAUAACACUUCCAACUUUAAAAAAAUGUGAUGGUCGACAAUCCCAAAAAUGGAUCAUGAGUAGUAAUUUUAAAUGGCAGGCUUCAUAGCCAUUGAAUGAAAUAUGUUUUGCAGUAUUGAUUUGGAAUAUAUCUGUGAUGAGCAAAGUACAAGACUCCUUUUAUGAAGUAAAUUUACUAGAAAACAAACCUAUUUCACGAACACAGCUCAUUCCAGCAAGUGAUGUGUAAAUUAUAUGCCAAAUGAAAACUUCUUAAGUCAAUGUUGUGUUAGUAAAUUUAAACCAGAUGAAUUUCCAAAUAGUUCCAUCUUAACAUUCCACUUGUUAAUAUAUAUACUGAAUUUUAGUAUUUCAUGAAUGCUAGAAGUAAAACACAUUUCUGAAAUAUUUAAAUGUUGAUCAUGGUAUUUGGUAUAUUAAAUUCCAUUUUUCUUAACUUUGUAGAAACUUAUUUCAUUUUGUUUGCAUAUAAAUUGACAAUUUUUAUACCAUGUAUGCAUUGUAUGUGCAUUGGUUGAGCCUAGAAUGCGAAGUUGGUUUUCAUAAUAAAAUCUAUUUUUUUAAA